CCAGGAAUACUUUUCCGCGAUUGAGAUGCCACGACAUCCAACCCGUGCAUCGAAUUAAGGCCAAAUAUACCGUUCCCAUCCAAACAAAGUCUCUCAUCACAGGCUAAAGCCGGCCACUAUGGCAAAUCCACGAAUCUUCCGGUCGUUCACCGCGAUCGCUCUCCCUAUCCGACCACAGACAGCUCGGUGUGCCUCGCAAAGAUUGGCGCCGGUUUCGAUUCAAUGCCGACGGUCCACGCGUGCAUCGUCGAGCAACUCAGGAGAAAAACGACCGAAGGGACCCGAUACUGAUUCAUUGCCCCAUGUGUCCGAGGAAGCGGCGGCGACGGCCAAAAUCACUGGAGACAAAGGACCGGAUAUCCAGCAGGGAACGCCCGUGCAAGAGGUCAUCAAAGGCAAGAAGGAGCUGCACGACAAGCUACCCAAGGUGAUGCAAGACGAGAAAUCAUCUACCGAACCACCAAGCGGCACCCGAUCAUUCUCCACCGUCGCGAGGAGACAAGAAGACCUCCAAACCCUUCCCUCCACACCAUCCUCCCUCCCCCCAACCCUCAUCCCUUCCUCCUCCCUCCCCCUCUCCACUGGCGUCAAAUUCGGCACCCCCACUCUCCCCCUCCCCCCCCAAACACACCUCAAGCACCGCGACGACCCCAUCGUCCAACAAGUCACCACCCUCCUCAUGCGCCACGGCAAGCUCUCCGUCGCCCAACACAACAUGUCCUUCAUCCUCUCCCACCUGCGCACUGCGCCCCCCCCCAAGCUCAACCCCGCCCGCCCCCUCGUUGCCGGCCACCCGCCCCCGCACCAGCUCCCCCUCGACCCCGUCAUGUACCUCACCCUUGCCAUCGACUCCAUCGGGCCGCUGGUGCGCAUCCGCAGCCAGAAGGGCGCCGCGGGCGGUGGGCAGGCGUUGCAGAUCCCCGUGCCGUUGAGGCAGCGGCAGCGGCGGAGGCAGGCGGUGAUGUGGAUUUUGGCGGCGGCGGAGAAGCGGGCAGGGAAGGGGGGGACGAAGAAUAUGUUCGCGCAGAAGGUGGCGGAUGAGGUGGUGGCGGUGGUGGAGGGGAGGAGUAGCGUAUGGGAGAGAAGGAAUCAGUUGCAUCGGAUUGCGGUGUCGAAUCGGAGUAAUGUGGGUUAUAAAAAGCAGCCGGGGAGGAGAUAAGUGGGAUUUUGGGAGCUGGAUUAUAGGAUGCGUGGGAGCCUUUGGGGACGAACCGCUAUUUGGGCGCUGGCGGUUGAGAUACUUGUAUAUUUCACCAGCCAUGUCCUUCGUUCGCGAACUAGUCAGGAUGAGGUGAAGGAGAAAGUUGUUGCCAGUCAUUUAGAAUCACUAUGACGCCGGAAGCAUGUAAAUCAUUGGAUAGAUAUCGGGACGAUUCAGCCCGCCCGCACAUUACUGUACACUAGGAUAAGACUUUAUAUACAAAACUUAAAAGGAGCUCGAAGCCCGGAAAACGAUUCUCAUAUUCAUACAUCAAUCCCGGUACGUCCAAAGGGAAUAUCCCACCAUUUCCAUCCAGCCGUUGCAACAUCAUUCGCAACCGAAAUCCCGCCCAACCAUUUUUCCAAGCAUCAUUAUAAAUACCGAAACGCCGUCCAGAUGCGU